AUUCUAUUUUAUCCAUUCCCAUGUAUCAGGCAUUAAAGUCACUUUCAUUAGUGAGCAUGCCAAACCUGUUGAGGGCUUUUAUAAGUUGAUGAACACUUGAAUAGUUUGCACUUUGCAGGCAUACAACAUAAAGAACUGAGAGGUGAUGUUUAAAUUGGACAGUGUCAAAUAGUUUAUGACAUAAGAAAUAAACAUCAAUUUCAAUCAUAUCGGGACGAUGAAGUUUAUGAAGAUAGGAGCAAGACCAGAUACCUUCUACACCGAAGAUGGUACAAGGUAUGUCCAUAUAUAGUAGCGUACCUGAUUAUUUGUGUAUGAUACAUAAUAAGAGUUCCAUAUAAAGUGAACUAAACUUAAUUAUGGUUCCCGAAAUAACACAGGGUUAUAAGUUCAGAUAUGCCAAGUGAUCUUACUAUCAAAAUCAACAACAUAACCUAUCUUCUUCACAAGUAUCCACUUCUGCAAAAGUGUGGACUCCUGCAACGACUCAUAUCAAACACAGAAGAUUCGGACAAUGUUACCCUCGAACUGCAUGAUACUCCAGGGGGAGAAGAGGCAUUCGAGAUAUGCGCGAAAUUCUGUUACGGGAUGACCAUUAACGUCAGCGCACAUAACUUCGUCCCCGUUUUCUGUGCCGCGAAGUUCCUUCGAAUGACGGAGUCCUUCGAGAAGGGGAAUUUGGCGGUCAAACUCGAGGCAUUUUUAUCUUCAUGCGUAUUGGGAGGCUGGAAGGACUCGAUUCUGGCGCUCCAGACGACGGAGAAGUUAGCCGAUUGGGCCGACAAUGUCGGCGUGACCCGGAAGUGUAUAGAUUCGAUCGUUGAGAAGAUCUUAACCCCUCCGGCGAAGGUCAGGUGGUCAUACACUUGCAGUCGCCAUGGAUUCGAUAAAAAGCAAGCGAAAUCGGCGCCGAGAGAUUGGUGGACGGAGGAUUUGGCCGUGCUUGGGAUAGAUCUCUUCCGAUGUAUAGUCACAACCGUUAGAUCAACCGGAUCUCUGUCGCCUCAGCUCAUCGGCGAGGCCUUACAUGUCUACGCCGGCCGGUGGCUACCAAACACCAAAAAGGCGAAAUUGUCCUCAGUCGAAGGGAUCGAGAGGAAGCGGAGUAUUCUAGAGACAAUUGUGAGUAUGAUCCCUAUCGAUGGAGACUCUGUUUCAAUUAGAUUCUUACUGAAGCUGCUUAGCGCGGCAAAUUACUUAGGAGCAUCUAUGGUGACGAAAGCAGAGCUGAUAAGGCGAUCGGGGGAGAGGUUGCACGAGGCGAGGGUGAAUGACUUGCUGCUGCCGCCAUCUCAGGCUGGUGAUGAAACUGGAAGCGGCUUUGAUGUUGAAUUGGUCGGGGUUGUUUUGGAGAGUUUCCUGAGGCAAUGGAAGAGGCAGGCGGCGGGUGAAGAGAAGGAAUCGGCGAUGAGGAAGGUGGGAAAGCUGGUGGACUCUUAUGUUCAAGUUGUGGCUAGGGAUGAUCCUAAAAUGGCAGUUGAGCAAUUGGUGUCUCUGGCUUCUGCUGUUCCAGAUAUUGCCCGACCACUUCAUGAUGAGCUUUACCAGGCAGUCAACACGUAUCUUAAGGUCAUCAAUAGGUCAGGGUCCAAUGAAAUAAGAUGAGGUACAAAGGUGGGAUUAUUCCUGAAUUAUGUAAAGGUGGGAUUAUUAUGAGAAUACCAGUGAAAGGGUAUUCCAUCUCGCAGGUGCAUCCCAAUCUAAGCAAAGCCGACAGGAAGCUGCUCUGCCGUAUUCUGGACUGCCGUAAACUAUCACCAGAAGUAUGUGCGCAGGCGGUGAGGAAUGAGCGGCUGCCAUUGAGAACCGUAGUGCAAGUACUCUACUUUGAGCAGGAAAGGGGUACCGCUAGAACCACCACGCCCAGUCAACUUUCAACACCCAAAGGAGAUUUUAAUGGACUUAGAAAUAAUCUGAAGUUGGAUUCAGAUGAUCAGCGGCCACACAAGGCAACGGAAGAGAAUCGGAGACGAAGAAGAACUAUAGUUCAUGAGGAUGUUUCAAGGUCAGUGUCAACAAAGGGAAGAGAUAUUGGUGAAGAAAAGGAAAUACGUGGAAGUACUAAUAAUAAGGCACUUCCUCGUUCACAAAGAGCCCUGCACGCACAAUAAGGAUACAUAUACUCUGCAUUGAAAUCAAAUUCAAUGAGCACUCUGUGUUUCAUGAAUAUAAUGCCAAUUAUAUCUGGUUGAAAAAUCUUAGCAUCGUGUGCAAAGGUGAAUGGAGCAUGCAAUUCAACGGGAGAUUGAUGAUAUUAUUGAUUUGUAUAUGUGAUUGUUCAUUUGAUAUAUUCAAGAAAGAUUUCGUAUAGUGCUUUGGAACAAACAAUGUAAUUAAAUUGCAAAAAUUGGAGUUAGAAGUUUCAUGUCACUUAAAAAUUAAAAGGAAAAAUUCACACUAAUAAUCCCACAUAUUACCGGUCUUCCAUUAUUAAUCCCUCUCAUGCGUAAUUCUAGAUUAAUAUGUAUUAAAGGGGUAACCUUCCACAAACACUCUACUAACCCGAAGAACCCGUCUUGACCGGUAAUUAAGAAUCACGUGACCCACACGUGAUUAUCCUCUCCCUCUUAUCCCAAAAUCAGAGGCCAAGCCCAACCGAGCUCUUGCAUCCCAAAUUCCGCGACCACCUGCGCGAGAAGACGAAGGAAGAGAACGAAUAGCAAGGGAAGAGUAAGGUUAAAUCUUUAACUUCUUGAGUACUGAACAAUCAUGAAUUCAGUGAGUGGUUCAUCUUCUUGGACCUGCAACUCGAAUAGGAGGUUGUGCGUACUUGCCAUCACAAGAUAGAGCCGAAAUUGCGAACGGGAAAGAGCGGUCCAAACAUUGGAAGAAAGUUUUAUGGCUGCUCGCUAUGGCUUAAUGCAGAUUGUCGUUUCUUUGAAUGGUGUGAGGACAAUGAUGUGAAAUAUGAUGUCCAAAUAGUGAAAGAUAAAGAUCUACUAAUUGAGCAGUUGUUGGCAGAGAAGAAGUUAUUGGAAGAAAGAGUACUCAAGUUGAAGAUGAAGAACAAGAGGUUGGCUGUAGAAGUUGCUGAUUCUCGGAUGGUGGCUUCCAAAACAGCUAGAGGAAAAGCAUAUGUUGUUAUGGUUAUAAUAGCAUCUUGGAUAGUUUUUGGGAUUCUUUCUUAUUUGGUGUAAUGUACCAUGUAAUGUUAAAGUGAUGUAAUAUUGGAUCUUGGAAUUAGGGAUGUUCACCUUCUGCUAAAUUGAUGUAAUAUUAUUGGAUCUUGUGAUGUAAUUACUUCUUAUUUGAAGUAAUGUACCUUCUGUUAAAUUGAUGUAAUAUUGGAUCUUCUAAUGUGUAUGAUGAACUUC